UCCAGGUCUGGGUAUUGGAGGGUCCGCUGGGCUUGGUCUCCUGUCAGUCUCCCUGAGGCGCGGUGCUUUUGGCAGCCGCUGAUUUCUAAUAUAGCUGCGAGUCAAAGUCUCCCCGUUCCUGUACAGGAAGCUGAAGUCAAAGUCUCGUUCCUGUCUUGCCCUGCUUAGCGGAGCUGUGAGCCCGUGUGUGUAUCAGCCUGUAAAAUGUGUGUAGCAGCUUGUAAUGGCUGGAAUCAAGGCUGGCAGCAAGCAGCAAUCAAUGCUGUGUUAACGACAAGGAAUAAACCCCCGCAGACUCGGACGUUAAGCGCUUCAAACAACACCCAUUAUUAGAAAAACUCCCUGAGCAGAGACCAGUUCCAGAAAGAAAGGACACCAUUCAAGUGGCAAGGAUGAGGUGUUUUUAACUGGUUACAGCACUAAGAAUAGUGGGGAAAGGGUAAAUAAGGUGACUUAUGUAGCGAAAUGUCUUUAGUUCAUCAGUUGAAAAAAAACUCAUUAGAGGGCACAUGAUCUAGGUCAGCUGAAAACCGACUUGUGAGAGCGCGUGAUGUUUUGCAGGAAGCUGUCCUGUGCAAGGGGCGUGGCUUUUGCCAGCUGGAAAAACAGCCCUGCUUGGACUCCGGUAAAUAGAAGCUCACGGACAGGGAGGUGACAAUGGUUUUCCAUCGGUAUUUUUUGUGAGGUGCACAUCGCUUUGCUGGUCUUGGCUUUUCUACACUUCACUUUGGAGAGAAAUGCUCCAGAGCAAAGAACUUCUCGUGACAAUCUGAUUGGUACUUGUGCCUGUCGCUGACUAGAGUUCGUGGAGUCUUCCUUUUUCUGCUGAAUCCUGCUGAUUCUUGUUGCUGUUUGGUGUUGGAUUUUGGACGGACUGCUGGUAUCUGGACAACGACGAGUUGACUCACCCCAAGGAACUACGUCUAAAAAGGAUACUUCCUUUUCCCAAAAGAAGAUGAAAGAGAAAGAAGUGAAUGAUGGGUUCCAGAUAGGGGGGUGCCAGAUGCUGCUGACAUUCCAGGAUGUGGCCGUGGACUUCACCAGAGAGGAGUGGGCACAGCUGACCCCAGCUCAGAAGACCCUCUACCGAGACGUGAUGCUGGAGAACUACCGGAAUCUGGUGGCCCUGGGGCACCAGCUUUCUAAGCCAGAAGUGAUCACACAGUUGGAGCAGGAGGUGCAGUGGACAGCAGAAAGCAGCAGGCAGCUGGACACUGUUACAGGUGGGGUGGACAGACGUAUAAUGAAAAAGACAUCACUCAAGCAGAAUACAGCCGAUGAAAAUCAGCCCCAUGAAGUUAGAAUGGAAAAGCUAACAGGGGCCUCUUUUGAGUACUCCAUCUUAGGAGGACUCUGGGAUUUUGAUUAUCCAUUAGAAUUGAACCAAGAAAAGCAGCAGAAGCAUUUGGAACAGAAUCUCGGUGAAUGUGAAGAGACGUUCAACCAACAUUCAACUCCUAACCAACCUCAGAUAGUCCUAAUAGGAGAAAAACCCUACUUGUGUGAUGAAUGUGGGAGAAGAUUCCGCCACAGAAUGCACCUCAUUGAACAUCAGAGAAUCCAUACAGGGGAAAAGCCGUUCAUGUGUAACGAAUGUGGGAAAGCCUUCAGGCAGCCUUCGUCCUUUAAGCUGCACCUGAGAAGCCACACAGGAGAGAAACCCUACAAGUGUAAUCAGUGUGGUAAAGCUUUUAGUCAAAGCUCAACCCUCACUGAGCAUCACAGACUUCACACUGGGGAGAGACCCUAUCAGUGUAGUUUCUGUGGGAGAGCCUUCAGCCGAAGAUCAAAUCUUAAUCGGCACAAAAGGACACAUACAGGAGAGAAGCCCUAUGAGUGUAUUGACUGUGGGAAAGCCUUCAGCUUGAGUGCAAAUCUUAACUUACACAGGAAAAUCCACAGCCGUGAGAAAUUGUGUGGGGUGGACAGACGUGUAAUGAAAAAGACAUCACUCAAGCAGAAUACAGCCGAUGAAAAUCAGCCCCAUGAAGUUAGAAUGGAAAAACUAACAGGGGCCUCUUUCGAGUACUCCAUCUUAGGAGGACUCUGGGAUUUUGAUUAUCCAUUAGAAUUGAACCAAGAAAAGCAGCAGAAGCAUUUGGAACAGGUAUCUUUCACCCACCAAAAAGCUACACAGGGAAGCAUGGGGUGUACUAAGUUUGAGGAAAACUAUAAUCUGACUUUAGACCCUAUGCAUCAGAGAAUCCCUCCUGUUGAAAAUUCUCUCUGCAAUGACACACAAGGAAAAAGCAUCAGACAGCAUUCAGAUCUGACUUAUUAUCAUGGAGUGUAUGUAAGAGUGAAACCCUAUGACUAUGAGUGUGGGAAAAUCUUCAGUCAGAAUGUUGUUCUUACUAAUUGUAUUCUUCUUGGAGAGAAACAUGGUGAAUGUGGAGAGACAUUCAACCAACAUUCAGCUGCUAACCAGCCUCAGAUAGUCCUCACAGGAGAAAAACCCUACUUGUGUGAUGAGUGUGGGAGAAGAUUCCGCCACAGAAUGCACCUCAUUGAACAUCAGAGAAUCCAUACAGGGGAAAAGCCUUUCAUGUGUAACGAAUGUGGGAAAGCAUUCAGGCUGCCAUUAUCCUUUAAGCGUCACCUGAGAAGCCACACAGGCGAGAAACCCUACAAGUGUAAUCAGUGUGGUAAAGCUUUUAGCCGAAGCACAACCCUCACUGAGCAUCACCGACUUCACACUGGGGAGAGACCUUAUGAAUGUAGUUUCUGUGGGAAAACCUUCAGCCGAAGAUCACAUCUUAAUCAGCACAAAAGGACACAUACAGGAGAGAAGCCCUAUGAGUGUAAUGAAUGUGGGAAAGUGUUCAACCGUAAUGCACACCUUAACUUACACAGGAAAAUCCACAGAUGUGUGGAUACUUUCCUUUCCCAGAAGAAGAUGAAAGAGAAAGAAGUGAAUGAUGGAUUCCAGAUAGGAAGGUGCCAGGUGCUGCUGACAUUCCAGGAUGUGGCCAUGGACUUCACCAGAGAGGAGUGGGCACAGCUGACCCCAGCUCAGAAGACCCUCUACCGAGACGUGAUGCUGGAGAACUACCGGAAUCUGGUAGCCCUGGGGCACCAGCUUUCUAAGCCAGAAGUGAUCACACAGUUGGAGCAGGAGGUGCAGUGGACAGCAGAAAGCAGCAGGCAGCUGGACACUGUUACAGGUGGGGUGGACAGACGUGUAAUGAAAAAGACAUCACUCAAGCAGAACACAACUGAUGAAAAUCAGCCCCAUGAAGUUAGAAUGGAAAAGCUAACAGGGGCCUCUUUUGAGUACUCCAUCUUAGGAGGAGUACUCUGGGAUUUUGAUUAUCCGUUAGAAUUGAACCAAGAAAAGCAGCAGAAACAUUUGGAACAGGUAUCUUUCACCCACCAAAAAGCUACACUGGGAAGCAUGGGGUGUACUAAGUUUGAGGAAAACUAUAAUUUGAAUUCAGACCCUAUGCAUCAGAGAAUCCAUCCUGUUGAAAAGCCUCUCUGCUAUGACACACAAGGAAAAGGCAUCAGACAACAUUCAAAUUUGAUUUAUUAUCAUGGAGUGUAUGUAAGAGUGAAACCUUAUGACUAUAACAAGUGUGGGAAAAUCUUCAGUCAGAAUGCUGUUCUUACUAAUUGUAUUCUUCUUGGAGAGGAACCUGGUGAAUGUGGAGAGACAUUCAACCAAAUUUCAACUCCUUACCAGCCUCAGAUAGUCCUCACAGGAGAAAAACCCUACUUGUGUGAUGAAUGUGGGAGAAGAUUCCGCCACAGAAUGCACCUCAUUGAACAUCAGAGAAUCCAUACAGGGGAAAAGCCGUUCAUGUGUAACGAAUGUGGGAAAGCCUUCAGGCAACAUUCAUCCUUUAAGCAGCACCUGAGAAGCCACACAGGAGAGAAGCCCUACAAGUGUAAUGAGUGUGGUAAAGCUUUUAGCCAUAUCACAGCCCUCACUGAGCAUCACAGACUUCACACUGGGGAGAGACCCUAUCAGUGUAGUUUUUGUGGGAAAGCCUUCAGCCAGAGGUCACAUCUUAAUCGGCACAAAAGGACACAUACAGGAGAGAAGCCCUAUGAGUGUAUUGACUGUGGGAAAGCCUUUAGCCGGAAUGCACACCUUAACUUACACAGGAAAAUCCACAGCCGUGAGAAAUUCUGUGAGCAUAAAUGUGAGAGAACCUCAGAUUGAAGUCCUUCCCUUAGUGGCACAAAACUCAGGAGAGACAUGAACAUAUAAAGGUGGGAAGUUGUCAAAUUCAUUCCUUCAUUCACCAUCAAAUGAUUCAUGGUGGAAAGAAAGCUUACCUACUAGUGAGUUCUUACUGCAUUGAAAGCAAAUUUAUAACUGAAUUUAGUACUUUACAACAUUCCUCUGAGAGCUAGAGAGAUGGCUUAGAGGUUAAGAGCACUGACUGUUCUUCCAAAGGUCCUGAGUUCAAUUCCCAGCAACCAGAUUGUGGCCCACAACUGUCUAUAAUAAGAUUGGGUGCCUUCUUCCGUUGUGCAGGUGUACAUGCAGUCAGUAUAAGGUAUACAUAAUAAAGAAAUAAAGCUUAAAAAAUUCCUUGGAGGUCUAAAAGUAGUGAUUAUUAUUACUUUUACAAUCAAAAAUAUAUUGGGCCAUGUUCUGCUUGCCUGUCAUUCUAGCACUCUAGGUUUGCUGUUGUGCUAUUGUUUUCUUUGUAAUCCUAGCACGUGGUGCUGGGCAGAUUAGGAAUUUAAGAAUACCCUCCCCUAUGGAUGGACCUCAAGGCCAAUAUGGUCUAGUUGGGACCAUCUUUAAAAGAAAAAAGAAAUCAGAAAAAAAAAUAAUCUUAGUCAAUAUCCUGUAAUUACUACACUUUAAAUUUAUUCUCUAAUAGUGUUUUAUGAUAUGAAUGUUGAUUAAACAAGGCAACACUGUAAUAUAGCCAGUUAUAUAAAAUAGAAUAAACAGAAAGUAAUAUUUCGCAAAAUUUAGUCAUUUUGUGCCUUGUUUACAGUUUUUUCUAUAUUUAGUCUUAAUUCUUUUCUAAAAGACAAUAGGAAUUUUAGGCUGGCCUAACAGAACUUAAUAGUUUACUAUACUAACCAAAAUUUGUUCUUCCUAGUAGAAUAAAAAUACAUUUUAAAACUUA